UGUCUGUCGCGCGCGCGCGUCAUUUGUGCGCAUCUCUAUGAGUGUCUGAGUGUGUGAGAGCGCGCGCGCGUGUGUUUGUGUUUGUGUGUGUGUGUCUCUUACUGCACGGAGUCAAACGUGGACGCACGCGUGAAGGUGGAGAUCCUGCCCUCAUAUGCAGAGGCAGAGAUAAACCAAUGAAGAAGCUGCAGCAUCACAACAAUAGCUGUCCGCUCCCUGACUGAUCUUUUGUGCCGAAGUAUCUUCUGUUAUCAUGGCGAAGAGCCCAGAGGUUAAAGUGGCUGUUUUCGGAAGAGCUGGAGUGGGGAAAUCAGCGUUGGUGGUGAGACUCCUGACCAACCGCUUCAUCUGGGAGUAUGACCCCACACUAGAGUCUACAUACAGACACCAAGCCAGUAUUGAUGAUGAGAUGGUCAGCAUGGAGAUUCUGGACACAGCUGGGCAGGAGGACUUGCUGCAGAAGGAGGGUCACAUGCGCUGGGGUGACGGAUUCGUGCUGGUCUAUGACAUCACCGAUCGGAGCAGUUUCGAGGACGUGGCUCCGCUGCGCAGCCUGCUCGAGGACGUACGGAAGCCGCGGCACGUCCCCUUAGUGCUAGUGGGCAACAAGGCCGACCUGGAGCACGCGCGUCAGGUGGCCACGGAGGAGGGUGAACGACUGGCCGCCGACAUGGCGUGUGCUUUCUACGAGUGCUCGGCGUGCGUCGGAACAGCAGGCACCGCAGGCAGCGCAGGCACCGUGGCCGAGGCCUUCCACGAGCUGUGCCGCGAGGUGCGCCGGCGCCGCGCCGUCCAGGGCAAAAGCCGGCGCCGGAGCUCCACCACUCACGUCAAGCAGGCCAUCAACAAGAUGCUCACCAAGAUCAGCAGCUAGGGAACCAGGGGGAGGAAAUAAAUCACAAGCACCUGGAGAGCUGGUGAUCAGUUGGACUGGUUAGGCCAAGAAUUAAAGGGAAAGCUAGGCUGUUCCGGAUGGAUAAAGGAAGCUGUUAUUUAAAUCUGAUCCCUUUUUUUUUUUAUUAAUGUACAUGAAUACAUGCAUAUAUUAAAACUCCAGAACUAAAAACUUACAGUAUGAUACAGGAUCGUGUAAAGUGUAAAGAAUACGACAAGGACAUGAGACAACUAAAAUUAUGGUACAGGAACCAUACUGUACAGAACAGCAACAGCAGCAUCAUGGGACCUUUUAUUCUUUCCGAAAACGAGUUGCACAAAAGUGUGCUGUCUGUACACAACUGUAUGUUUUGUUGUCUAGUGAAAAGCAAACUAAUACAGAGUUUCUCUAUAGUCGUCUGUGUCUCUGUGCCAUAGCCUGCAUUGUACAGAAUGUUUUCUUCUGCUCCAAGGCCUUCCCAGAUAUAUCUGUUCUCCAAACUUUAAUGAUUGAUUGAAACCUCAGCAGUGAUCCGGGCGACAGAUUUUCAUGCAUUUUGUUCACUGCUCGUGCAUGUCGACCCUCUCGAGUCGCCGGUUACCGGAUCAGACAAAUCAGUGUCCACCCUCAUAAUCAAGUCGAAUGUGACAUUUCUGGAAUCUGGAAAAAAUAAACAAUUGCCAGUCCUCCCCUCCAAACAUUUUGGGACAUGUUUAUUUUGAAGAUUAUAUCUUUAAUGUGGGUAUUUUUCCCCCGCUUCUGGGGCAGGAAAGAUGGGCCUUCGUGUUCUUAUCACGCUUGCGUUACAGCUCACACGGACUUGUUCUUUCUUCUCUCAAUCUCUGUUCGUCCUUAAAAAUGACAUUUCGAUCUUUAUAAUGUACAGUAUAAGACUGCCUUAAUAUCUCCAAUCAUUAGAUCAUGUGUAAAGUGUAUCCUGCAAUCACAGCUGAAGUAGCCAUGGUAACAUGCUAGCACGUUUCAGGACGGGGUUUUCAUAAUUCAAAUCGCUAACGUAUUGUAAUAUACUGUACUGUAAUGGUCAGUGUGUGAGAUGUUAUACCACACUGUCCUUCCUGCUGUGCACUAAAUAAAGAUGACAGAUAAAUAUA